CAUUUAAUUAUUGUUUCUGUGUAUUAGUGUGUGUUUGUUAUCUGUGUUGUCGUCGACAAAUCCAUACCUAUUGAGAGCCACGGGUGCGGACAGACACCACAACAGACAAUAAAAGUAUAAAUGGCACCAAAGUUUGGCUCAUAUGAACAUCCGGCCAACGAUAACGAGCUGAAGUCUGUUCACAGGGGAACAGUAGCCACGAGUAGUAACAGUGUUAACAAUACCAGCAGUGAUAGCAACACCACCAUCACUAAUGACAGUAAUGAUGGCCAUCAGUACACUAAUGGCGAGAACUAUUCAUAUAAGACCAGUGAGAUUGUCUGGCGAAACGUUAUCCUACUGUCCAUUUUGCAUGUACUGGCCUUCUAUGGAUGGUUUCUAUUUAUUUUCAUCAAUGAACUGAAAUGGCAGACAGCAGUGGCCACCUUUCUGUUUGGCCUAUUUUCGUCAUCUCUGGGCAUUACUGCCGGCGCUCAUCGGUUGUGGUCACAUCGUAGCUAUAAAGCCAAAUGGCCGCUCAGACUAUUAUUAGCAUUUGCUAAUACAAUGGCCCUACAAAACGAUAUCUAUGAAUGGAGUCGCGAUCAUAGGGUCCACCAUAAGUACAGUGAGACCAAUGCCGACCCCCAUAAUGCCAAUCGGGGCUUCUUUUUCUCGCACAUGGGAUGGCUAUUGUUGAAGAAGCACAAGGAUGUCAAACAUAAAGGUAUAACUGUUGAUAUGAGUGAUGUAUGGGCCGACCCUAUCGUACGAUUUCAACGCCGAUUCUAUGUACCACUCAUUAUAUUGAUAUGGGGUGUCAUACCUACACUCGUGCCCUAUUAUGUUUGGAAUGAGCGACUCUGGUACGCGUUUUUGGGUUGUGUAUGCUUUCGGUACGUGUAUGUACUACAUUGCACGUGGCUUGUCAAUAGUCUGGCACAUUUGGAGGGUAACCGACCCUAUGAUCGCCAUAUUGGACCCAGGGAGAAUAACUCAGUUAUCUAUUUUGCUUUUGGAGAGGGUUACCAUAACUAUCACCAUACGUUUCCCUGGGACUACUCGGCCUCCGAGUAUGGCUGGAAAUGUAAUUUCAAUUUGACAACACUGUUGAUAAACUUUUUUGAGUGGUGCGGACUGGCCUACGAUCUGAAAAAGCCAUCCAAUGAACUGAUAAGACAACGGUGUUCGCGAACAGGUGACGGCACCGAUACCAGCAAUGCUGGCUAUCGUAUGAAUGUGGCCAAGGACUGGGUCAUCGGUAUGGGCGUCACAUCCGGUCAAUUGAUAGUCUCACUGAUAUUGCGACAUACAUUUCAAAUGAUUUUUGCUAAUUUGCCCUGA